GAGUGUAAAUGUAGCAGGUUUCUAUUGCAAAACUUUGGUUUGAUUUUUACAGGGAAUAAUCUGCUCUGUUUUUAAAGGAAUGAAGAUUAAACCUGGAUCAAUGGGGAAGGCAGCUCCCCUUUAUGAUGUUCAGAUCGUAGACAAAAAUGCUAAUAUCCUGCCUCCAGGACAACAGGGAGAAAUUGCUGUCAGAAGCAAACCUAUAAGACCGCUUGGUUUUUUCUCUGAAUAUCUGGAUAACCCUAAGAAAACUGCAGAAACUGAACGUGGGGAUUUUUAUGUCACUGGAGACAGAGGGACUAUGGAUGAAGAUGGGUAUUUUCAGUUUAUUGGAAGAUAUGAUGACAUCAUCAUUUCUUCAGGGUAUCGCAUUGGGCCAUUUGAAGUAGAGAGUGCCCUGAUAGAGCACCCAGCUGUGGUAGAAGCAGCUGUUGUCAGCAGCCCAGAUCCCCUCAGAGGAGAGGUUGUGAAAGCAUUUGUGAUUCUGUCACCAGCCUUUUCAUCCAGUGACCUGAAGAGCUUAACCCAGGACUUGCAGGACCAUGUGAAGAAAACCACUGCUCCAUAUAAAUACCCUAGAAAGGUGGAAUUUGUCCAAGAGCUGCCAAAGACAAUCACUGGGAAGAUCAAGAGGAAUGAAUUAAGAGACAAAGAGUGGGGACGGAUGUAGCAUUUAGGAAUUUAACAAAACUUCUUUCAUUCCAUUAGCACUAUAUAAAUUUCACUAAUGUAAUUGCCCUCAUUCUGCCCGCUUUUUGUUAAAUACCUGAGCACCAAAAACUACAGAUAACACCAAGAUGUGAUAUUUGUGCUUGCUUGCAAAGUUUCUAAUGUCAGUACUUGAGUGGAUUGUAUUAUUCUGGCUGAAAAAUAAAUUUUUCAAUAGACUAUUUCAA